UGUGCAACGAACAAGCUCCGGAGCUUGCGUGAAAUCCGCCUCUUCCGUCCUCGUUGGGUCGUUUUCCCGCCUACCUCCGGGUGGCUGCUGGAAAGGGAGGAAUCAGUCACCUUCUCGCCCUUUCUACCUCCGGGGGUGUGGCGGGGGUGAAGAAACGCUGGAGCUCUUUGUCGGAAAGUUAGGCGCACCGCGCUUCCUGCUCAUUAAAUGCCGCGCUGCUAGCGUGGGGAUGCCGGCAGCACGGGACGCGAACCCGCGGCGGGGUGCAGCCACUCUCGGGCGCGCACGCGCAGUGGCUCGCCGGCCACGCCGCGGUUGUUGUGGGUCGGUGGGCGGGGCGGCCGGAGCGGGGCGGGGCGGGGCGGCCCCGAGGUCGCCUGCGGGGCUCAGCCUUCCUCGGCGCCCGGCGGCCGCGGCGAGCAGCUUCCCCAGGUCGCUGUCCCCUGGGCUCCGGCCGGUGGUCGGCAUGGCUCGUGAGUGUGCGGGCCGCCCGAGGGACGCGGGGCUUGAGGGAGCGACGGCGCCCCGCGGCUGGGGUGGAAAUCAAAGAGAACUUGCCCGCCAGAAAAACAUGAAAAAGACCCAGGAAAUUAGCAAAGGAAAAAGGAAAGAGGAUAGCUUGACUACCUCUCAGAGAAAGCAGAGGGACUCAGAGAUCAUGCAACAAAAGCAGAAGGUAGCCAAUGAGAAGAAAUCUAUGCAGACAAGAGAAAAAUGAUGACUAGCUUUUUGGAAAACCUGGUGCUGUCGCCAGUGGGAUGCAUCAUAAGCUCUAAGAUCAAAACUUCUCAGUGACUAAUCAUUACCUGAGUUAUAACUUACCCUUAUAAAACUGUCGAUUUUAAACUGUACUUUUCAGCCUUACUAAAUGUUGUGUUUUAAGACCAUCUUCAAAAAAUAAAGUACUUACCAUGCAUGUAA